AUGAUAUGCGCAAAGUGGCACAAAUCAUUUACGAUAAUAAUUUUUCUGCUUUUAUAUUUAAAUAAUGUAGUUCAAGCAGAUAUAAAUGGCAUCAAAUAUGUGAAUGAAGUUAAUACUCCCGAUCAACAGGACUUUACAAAUGAGAAGAAAAGUAAUUAUGAAAUAAAUUCGAACGAGGAGCAAAGUGAGAAUAAUAAUAAUCACAAUGCUGUGAAUCACACUGUUAUGAACGAAACUACUAUGAAUAACAUUCCUAUGAGUGGUAACAGCACAGAACAGUUAAAGGUAGAUAAACAUACGCAGGAGUAUAACGAUUUAUUGAAUUCACAAAAUGUAGCAAACAAUAUGGAAAAAUAUUUCAUAAGAAAAAGACAAGAUAAUGCAAACCAUACUGAUGUCCACACGGUGGAUGAAAAAUCGAGUUCGCAUGAACAUGUGGAAAAAAAUACCAUCGCAAACGUGCACAGUAUGAACAAUGAAGAAUACAAAAAUGUACAGGGAGAAAUACUGCAGACACAUAAUUAUGGUAAGGAAAAUCUCGAUUCUUUAUUGUCUGAUGUUGGAAUUGCUAACCGAGAUGUCACAGCUCAGGAUGAGGCUGUCCCAGGAAAUUCCACGGGUGAUGGUGCAGGUAGCUCCACAUCAGGUGGAGGAAGUAAAAACGGUGAAAAUUCUGAAUCACAAAAAAGGCACUCAGAUAAAAAUGAGGGUGGAUCAAGUAAUUCCGAUUCUAGAAAUGAUGAACAAUCAGUGGAGCAGAAAGGACAUACAAACAAUGAACAAAAUGAUUCAUCAUCCCCAAAAGACUCACCCCAAAACGGUUUACAACCGAGUACAUCUGCCAAAUUGGACGAUCAGAAUAAGGAUGGCACUUCUGAACAGCCAUCCAGUGAUACAGAUCCAUCAAGCAGUGAAAACUUAAAAGAUGCUGAUGCAGAGUCGCAAGAACUUCCUUCAGAAUCUAUAGAUCAUGCAGAUAAAAUCAAGAACACCCUACUGAAGGAACGGAGAGAUAUUAAAGAGACAACUAGCAUGAUAGAUAAUGCUGUAUAUAAUAUUGAAAAUUUAAUUUUGCAAACAAAAUUUUACACCACAGCCAUUAAAAAUUUUGUGCAUUUCAAAGUUAAUCACAUUUGUGAGUAUUCUAAAUGUGGAUCCAAUGCUCGAUGUUACAUAAUUGAAAAAGAUAAAGAAGAAUGUCGAUGUAGAGCUAAUUACUUUCCAGAUGAUAGUGUCAAUUAUUUUAAGUGUAUACCUAAGACAGUAAAGGACUGUUCAAAGGAUAAUGGCAAUUGUGACAUAAAUGCAGAAUGCUCAAUUGACAGUAACAACAAUAUAAAAUGUCAAUGUAAUUUUAAUUACAUUGGGGAUGGUAUUUUUUGUGUUAUAGGUUCUCAGGCUAAGCAAUCAUUGUAUUUCCUUCUCAUACUCCUCAUUUGCUUGCUUCAUAUGUUUUUCUUUUUUUGA